UUUAAUGACACCUUAUUGUAUAUCCGCAUAGUGGAAACAAUCCGCCAUGUUUCCGUACAUUGGUAUCACAGUUCUGUUGUUGUUUGCUUGACGAGAUAACCUCGUGUAUUUUACUGACGAUAAUUAGGGCCAUUUUUUUCUUUUUUUUUAAUCUCCAACUUCUUCGACAUAUCGGAUAUUCAAAAAAAAAACAACAAAACACAAGCGUAUCGGGUGUUUAUUUCAUGUGGAGUAAUAAAUCUUAUAAACGGACUUUUACAAUACUAAAACAUGUAAAGAAGCUUUUUCAAGUGCUGUAGUAGAGGUAAAUCUUUAAAUGGAUUUAUUGAAAAUGUCCCUUGGCAUAUUACACCAGAUUACCUUGUCCCAACGUUAGGACAUUUUACAACCCUUAGCAGUCUAGAUCAGAUAAGAUUGAAGUUGUCACUGAGUCCUUUGCAAUUACAAAAACUUCAAAAUGAAAGACCAGAGCUGAGUUUUAUGACUGGUUGCAAGGAACACCAUCUUGAUGUUAGUAACUUAGAUGUGGACUGUUCUGAUAAAGAGGUGGAGGAAAAAAACAAAGACAACAUCGUACAUGCCAACAACACUGAUAGUACCGGCCUUAUUGAGCAGCAGGAACACAGUGGCACUAAGGCAGACAAGGAAGAAGAAGUGGAGGAGGAGGAGGAGGGGGAGGAGAACAUCACUGACAGUGCCGAUCAAGAUCAAAAGAUGUCUCUGAAAGAAAUUAGGAACCAAAUGCCUGUGACAGUCUUUAGAAGUAAGUCAUUUGCUGGCAUGGCAAAUGCGCGUCCAAGAUCUGCUCCAGGUACUCCUGUACUCGGGGAAACUUUGCGUAGGAGCCCGCGGGUUUAUACGCAAACUCCACAGAGGUCUAAAAGGCUGGGGCUUGGAAGUUAUAAGCCACCUAAAAUUCCUAAAUUACCUCAACCCAGCCGUGCAGUCUUGAUGUUUGAAAGUGUCAAAAAAGGAAUCAAAGAAUUCAUAAUGGCUACUCAAGAUGACAUCAUUCAGCUUAAAAGCCGUGAUACUAACACAUCUACUGCUCAGGGAAAGUUACACGAGGCUGAUAAGCAAAUUAAAGCUGCAGAAAGAUACCUGAAAAGGCUUGAAUUCCAUUUAUCAAAGAUUGAUGAGUUACAAGAUUGCUACAUUGUUAACCAACAACUCCGCGAAGGGGCUCGUAACAUGGCUCGAGCAUAUGCAAACACACCUGGCUAUAAGAAAGGUUCCUUAACCAGUGUGAAAUAUGGUUUUAAAGAAUGCUCUCAGACAAUGUGUGCUAUUGAAGCUCAGUUAGAAAGUAUGAUGGGGACUUUUCAUUGUAAAUUAAAAGGAAUGGCUGGUUUCGCACGCCUCUGUGCAGGAGAUGUAUUCGAAGUUACUAUGCGCUAUGGUACUCAGAAAUGGAAAGCAAAAGGCAAAAUAGAAAAGGAUGGUUCUCAGCGAUGGGAUCUUCCAGAUUUUGUAUUCAAGACAUUGGUUGGAGACAUCAUUAGCUUAAAGGCAGUGGAAUUACGGAGUCUUAAAUCUGUUUUGUUGGGAGAAAAGAAAUGUGAAACCAAAGAUUUAUUCUCAGCUAAUCCACAGAUGAUGACUGUUAGUAUCAAUCCAAAUGGCUCUCUGAAACUCAGCAUCAUAGUAACAUGGAAUCCAUUGGAAGGUGUGGAUGAAAGUCUAAUAAUUUAUGAAGUUCCACAACGCACUCAAGACACGCCACGACGUCGACCGGUCUCUGCAUUAGCAGUGAAUGGACAGUACUCUCAAUUGUUUGGUAGUCAGUUAGACCUGCUUGGCCAUGAAAGGAGGUACUCCAGUCCCGUGUCAUUGCCUCAGUCAAAGGAUGAUAGUUAUAUUCUUUCAUCGUCAAGCUCUUCAUUAUCUCUUGCGGCAACAGCUUAUCCAAUGAAUGACUCUGAUAGCGCUAUCUAUAUAUCUCAACUUCCACAGCGCUCAGCUUCACGAUCAAUGUUGACUGGCUCAGCUAUGGCUCUUCCACCCCCAUUAACUACAACGGGACAUUAUCCUUCAGGACUGGCACAGCAUGCAGUGUGUGCAUAUGCAACAGAUGCUUCUAAUUUGGAAGAUGCACUUAAUUGUUUAAGUGUAUCACUUGAAGAUGUACGUGGCCGAUACCAAGAAUUACAGAAAAUUGAGGAAUUGGUUGAUGUUUUACGAUGCUUAUUAAAGAAGCAUUCCAGAUCUAGUUCUUGUUCUUCUAAUAUAAGUGUCUCAAUUGAACAUGCCUUGGAAGCUUUUGACUUUCUCAAUACAGAGGACAUUGUUGAUGAUGUAGAUAGCUCACCUAGUGAGAGCAGAAGAUCAAGCUUAGAUCACAUUCUAACCAGUCCAGAAUCUACUGCCAAAACAACAGAUUCUGGAAUCGAAUCUUUAGCUAAGAGAUUAUGUGAAGACACCCAACUGAGUUCUAGCACAAAUUCCAGUCCACUUCCUCCAAGUUCAGGCAAUGAACAUGUGGACCAAGCUCUUAUCUUCCAUCUUAAUUACUGUAACAAAUUAAUUGAGAAUUUGGGUAGUUUUGGGCCUUUGAAAUGCAAGGAAAUAUAUGCAUUAGAUAAACUUCAAAAGCAAUCUCAAAUUCUUGAAAAUUUAAUACAUCUUGCUAAAGCUGGGAGUGAAAUUGACUUACAUUCUGUUUUAGGUGAACAUCUUAAUGAUAAGCAGUUGAAGGAGUUUUGGGUACAGUGCGUUGAUAGAAAUGUUCUGGUGGUCCCUGCUGAGAAGCUCAUUACUAUGAUGGAGCAGAAAUUAGUGAAUCGCUUCCAAGAACCCUGUGAUGUCAAGCCUACCCGAGUAUUUUGUCAUUUGGUUAGUCGUAUUCUUGACAUCUCAGAUGCUGAGCUGAAAAUGACCCAGAACCUCUAUAUCACACUUUUCCAAUUUUCACUGUUCUUUAGAAAUGAAGGAUUUACUCUUGUUGACAAAAUUAUUGAAGAAAUUUCUAUCAGUGAUAAACUGUGUUCAGGUAAUGCUGAAAUUGCCAUUAAUUGUAUAGAAAGACUUCAUGGUAGCGUUGCACCUGCCUUCUGUCUGAAAGUCCUUGGAACUCUGCUCAUCUGUGAUAACCAAGAUAUCAGGCAAGCUACUGCAUCCUACUUACGUAAUCUCCAGCAAAGCCGCCUUUCUCGUGAUAAGUCACUGGUGGUAUAUGUUGAAGCUUUAGAAGACCAAACUGCUGAAGUUCGGGCAGGAGCAGCUGUUGCAUUAUCUCUCUUACGGGCAACUGAAAGUAUUCAACAGCUUGUGUUCCUGUGUCAGACAGACUCCUCUUCAUUAGUUAAAGUAUAUCUCAAAGAUGCUCUCUUCUCUCUAGGGAAAGAAGGAAUAAAAGCGUUUGAAGAAACCCAGCUGGGUUGUCACGGAUUCCAAGGUGUUCAUGUACAAAAGUAAGACUCAUAGUACAACCAGUGUGGGAGUAUAUGAUCUGGAUAUGUUACUGAUAAACCAUUCAUAAAUUGAAGCCUAUUGGAUAGAAACUCACAGAUGAAGGAAUCCAAGCAAAUGGGCUACUCUUUACUUCUUCACCUAGUUAUUAGGUGGUUCUCUCUGUUCAGCCAUGACAGCAAAUCUUUCAGCCAACUUUGGUCAAAAUGAUAUUUUGACAGUCAGCAAAAUAUCUAUCUACUUACCUUAAACCUACCUACCUACCUACUUACCUACCUACCUAUCAGCCUGCUCACCAAAUCAUUUACCCACCCACAUGUCUAUUAAAUUAUCCCAGUAGCAGCUUGCAAACCAUUUCCAACUACCCUGCCAGUAGCCUGGAGUUGGAUGUGCAACCUUUGUACUAUGUUUCUUAUUGAUACACCAACCGCCAGCAUCCGUAUGUCACCCACUGUUGGGUUUUUUUUUUCACUCAACAGCUUGCACUUGCCAUUGCAGAACUACCAACAACAAUACUCCUAUCCUAAUUUACCAGCGGCACCUCCUCCUUUACCCUCCAGUCAGAACAGGUUUCCUCAAAAAUGUUAUUUAUUUUGUUCUAUUCUAUGAGGUACAUCACUGCAUUCAUAAUCAGACCUCAUAAUGUAGUACAUUGUAACAUUUUGUGAUUUUAGUCAAACCUCUUCCUUCUGUGACAGCUGGACCUAAGUUCUGACGAGUUUUCUGUCAUGUCAAAGCACACUUUAUAUACCAUCCUGCACCUGACAUAAGGUUUGAGGAAAAUGAAACUUCAUUGAAAUUAUCAGUUUAAUUUUAUUUAAAAAAGAAAAAAAACAAUAAAUCCAUUACAACCAAGCAAACACCCAACCAAAUAAUCAAAUAUACAGACCAACUUACCUACCAACCAAAUACGCAAGCAACCAAACUAAUAAUCACAACUUAACAAAUCACAACCAAUCAACCAGCAAUGACAACCAAUCACAGUAAAUCAACUAUAUCUGUUACUGUUCCUGAUUGUUCAUAAAUUAUUAAUGUUUGUACUCUGCUUCAGCAUCGUUGUACUGUGUGAUGUUAUAAACCAGUACUUUGUAAUGUUAUGAAUACUCUGUGUGGUGUUUUACAUUUAUUUAAUGUGCUAUGUUUCAAUCUGUUACUGUGUUGACUUAAUUUUUAGGUAAAUAGAGUUCUUUAUCUAUUGAUACUCUCUCAGUGUUCAGCUUCUAUGUGAUUCUUGCUCUGGUUAAAUUUCCAUCUUAUGUAGAUAGCAGACUUGUAAAUUUUAAAAGGGUUGGGGUCCCCGUGAUUCUAUGCUCUUAUCUCCCUUGUAUUAAUGUCCGCUAAGGGAGAUCACCUGUACCCACAGAUUAUUGAGAAAAUACCAUUAUAUUUAGUAUCAAUAACUGCUGAUUCCUUAACUUAAUGGGUUCUAUUCAUACAUACACACACACAUACACAGUUCCAGCUACUUUGAAUUGAUUAUAACCAAAUAACAUUGAUAUAUUAAAAAUACUGAUUACUUUGCCACCGUCUGUUAAUAUUUUACAGCAAUAUAUGAUGAUACUAUUUGAUAUUUCUAAUAAAUAGCAUUAUAUAAAAAAUUGUUUCUCUCAGUUAAAACUAGUUCUUUAUAUCUCUCAAUGGGGGAGGAAGACUAGUUACUAUCAGCUGAAACUAGUUUCUUACAUCUCCACCAAGUGAUAAGUUGAUGACCGCUACUGUUACUACAAUUGAAUUUGCAUUCCGUCUUUGUAUGUGAUAUAAAAUUAACUGGAAUUUUAAUAGCAAAUUAUCUAAAUCAAUUCCAUUUCAAUGCAGCCUAACAUGUGAUGAUUCAAUUGAUGUCUUGAUUUCUUAAAACAAGACCUUAUUAUUUUAAUAGGGGCUUCAUGAAAAUACUCAGUUGUGGAGAGAGAGAGAAAGAGAGCGAGAGAGAGAGUGAGAGAGAGAGGAAUGUUAUAGGUUCCUGUUGUUCUGUGCUCUUUCAAGACAGAAGGAUCAAAUCCUAGCACAGUUAGGCUAGUAACAAAGGUCUUUGUAUUGCGGAGACCUUCUCACUGGUAUGAGAUAUCUGUGUAGGUGAAGAAAAUUGUCUGAAAACAGGGAGAUAUUUUAGUGCAGGCAAAGAAAACAGCUGAAGAAAUGAAGAAGGACAUGAUGGUUUUGCUUUUUGUUUGUUUUGUUUUAUUUCAUAUGCAUGUUUUUUUUUUUGUUUUUUUUUUAACGUAUUGAAACUGACAGUUGUGUUAAAUUAUGAUUUCAGUUUUGUUUUAACUGCAGCAAAAAAAGAUUAUUUAAGAUUAUAGCUGCAAACUUUCCAAGGAAUAAUCUGUCUGCCAGGUCAUUUCCAAAUUAUUUUUCUUUCUUUUCAUUCUUUGUUAAUUCAUUCAAACUUAAUGAAAGUUGUUCACAUAUGGUAUAAUUUAAUGUAAAAGAAUUAAAUUAAAAUCAGUGGACAUUAUUUUAAAUAAACUUGAAGUUCUCACAUACAUUUCAAAAUAUUGCCCAUAAUAAUUUGGCCAGUGCAACUUAGGUAUUAAUACCUAAUUAACUACAUUGGGAUUACUAUGAAGUGAGUAAAAUUCAUGUCUUGUCUGAGCCCAUCAUCUCUUCAGAUUGAAAUCUGUGUCAUUAUGAAUGAUGGAAUCAAUCCUGAAUUAAUGAUAGAAUUGUUAAAUUUUUCAGAUUUCUUUCUUUGCAUUUUGUGUGUGUGUGUGUGUUGAAUUUCCCUGCAGGAGUGCUCAAAUCAUUUGAAGUGAAUAUCUUAUCUUUGAUGAUGAUUCUAAGAUUUCUACUUUAAUGACCAUUUUGCUUUCCAUAUUCACCAAAGUGACUGUUUAUAAGGAAGCUCAUGCUUAUUGAAAUUUUAACUGGUUCCUGAUGUUGACUAAGGAAAGUUAAUGAACUAGUUAAAA